CUUCACUUCCCGACUCUCUCGCUCACUGCUUCGCUCGCCGUCGCUUGCCCCGUCGCCAUCGUUUUUGACUUCUCAGUAUUCAUUAUAGAUUCUGGGGUUCUGAAUUCUCAACUUGGUCUGGGAAGCUUCUCUGCUGCGUCUAAGUUUGUGGAAGCUCCACUAAGUCUAGAAUUUACUGGACUUUCUGAAUUACCGGGGAUGCUUCGUCAACCACUUUCAGGAUUUGUUGUUUGAUUCGCUGAGCGUGAUCGUGAGUAAAGAAUUUCAGGGUUGGCCAUUGGAAAUGCCACCAAGAAAGAAGCCAAAGUCUUCAGCUUCGAAACUAAACAAACAGUCUUCAGCAAAUUCGUCACAACCUCCCAACUUGGGCAUCCAGCAGUUGUUCCUUCGACAUAUUCAGAACUCCCAAUCAACUUCAAACUCUCAUACCACCACUGCUGACCCACUUGAUCAACAGAAUGUGAAUGGUCUUGCCUCUGACACUGCAGUUUUAACGCCUCAAAACCCUCUAGCCACCUUGGAUGAGACACCUGAUGAGUCCAAAGAUAUGGACCAGCAGCGAAUCACAGAGGCAUCUCCUGAGAUCUCCAAGACCUUUAAGCGCUUCAAAUACUCUCCUGGAAUGCUGAUAAAGCCAAGUCAAGAUGAUGGUGUCGAACCGAUAACUUGGAAAUUCUCUCCUGUAAAUGAAAGACUUCGGGCAGCGGCCAAGCAAAUUCCUAAGAUGAUGGAGUUGACAGAAAAUUCACUAGGGAUGAAAGCUUCUACCAUUCGUCCUUGCUCUCUCGACAAGACACAAUGUCCUACAUCAGGUAUAACUUCCAAGGUCGAGCAGUGGUUAUCUUCACCCUCAAAAAAAAAUUCCAAAAGACCAGAUUUUGCAGCAAAUAGAGUCAUGGAAAGGGUAAAACCUUCCCCAGAUGGGGAGUUUGAAAUUGUAAACACUUCUAAUAGUGGAAACAGUCCUUUCCAGACCCCACCGUCACUUUCAUGUCCUCACAACAAGCUUUCUUGUACUGUAACAUGCAGUGUAGCUUGUGGAUUAACGGGGGCUGGACAACAUAAAAAGGCCUUGCUUGAACUGUUAGAUCAAGUGGAGGAUGUCAUCUCAGUUGAUGAUAAAACAGCUGAUGAUGUGGGGACUGUGAUACCCCAAGUUCGAGUUGAAAAUGAUAGCAUCUGUUCUGUCGUUGACUACCCUGUAAAUGAAGGGCUGAUGGCUCUACCAAAAAAGCAUUCUUCGAUAAGUCCAGAUAGCUAUUUCCUUGUAUUGGAGGUAUCCGAAAAACUUGGUUUGGCGGGAUCAACCAGGGCUCAUUGUCCUUAUAAGGUUCUUCGCCUGCUAGACGAGAACUCUGGAGUAGAAUGUGCUUUGUAUCUCUGGGAUGAAUGGUCUUACAGCACUCUUUCACCAGGAGAUUCAAUCAAUGUUAUUGGAGAAUUUGAUGGGGAUGGCAAGUGUGACGUGGACCAUCAAAAUAAUUUCUUAAUUGUUCACCCUGACACCCUUAUUGCUGGAACUAGGGUUGCAGGAAGUUUUGGUUGCCCAAGGCGAACCGUGCUAGAUGAGAGGCUCAGAUCCAAUGAACACGCAGCAGUAGCCUUAAAUGGAACCUUGCUACACCAAAUUUUUCAGGCUGGUCUCACGCAAGAGACUCCAUCUGUAGAUGGUUUGCAAGAAUAUGCGAGCAUAGUGAUUAAGAAAAAUAUUGAGAGCUUAUAUGCAUGUGGAGUACAUGAAAGAGAUAUGAAAGCAACUUUAUUUGGAGCAAUCCCAAAAAUGUUGGAUUGGAUUCGUCAUUUCCGAUAUUCGAAGGACUCAGGUCGUUAUAAAGAGGACUCAGGGAUACAAAAAGUUGAUUUCGGUUCUACGACUGGGCUGAAACAAGUUAAUAUAUCAGAGGUUAUUGAUAUUGAGGAGAUGUCAUGGGCCCCUAAGUAUGGUCUGAAAGGGAUGAUUGAUGCUUCAGUUAGAGUGAUAGUUGAAUCCGACAUGAACACAGUAAAUGAGAAGAUAAUGCCCCUUGAGUUUAAGUCUGGAAAAGCUCCUAGUGGUCAGUCAUCAAUGGAACAUUCCGCACAGGUGAUCUUGUACACGCUCCUGAUGUCUGAGAGGUACCUGAAGCAUAUCGAUAAUGGCCUUCUGUACUAUCUUCAGUCAGAGCAGACACAGGGAAUUUCUGUUCAAAGAUCAGAUUUGGUGGGUCUGAUUAUUCGUCGUAAUGAACUAGCAAAUGAUAUCCUUGUGGCGUUAACAACCCAAAAACUGCCGCCAAUGUUACGGAAUCCCAACAUGUGCCGGAACUGUCGACAUCUGGAUGUUUGCACGAUUUACCACAAGGCAGAUGGUGGAAAUGCAGAGAGUAGCGGACUUGGUGAUAUCUUUGACACGCAUGUUUCUCAUCUUUCAAAUUUGCAUUUCAAUUUCCUUCAACACUGGGACAGGCUGAUUGACUUGGAAGCUAGAGAGAUGCAGCUUCUACGGAAAGACAUUGUGCAUCCACAUGGUUCAAAGGGCAGCCAUUCAGCCAAUUAUCUUUCUUCUAUGGUUCUUGACAUGACAAACGACUUUCCGCAACAUAACUCUCAUAAAGAAACAAGAUUCAUCUAUCGUUUUGUACGUCAAAACUUAUCAAAAUCUAGAGAAAGAGUACCCAUCGAAGAUACAAUUAGGACGGGAACCCCCGCAACUGAUGACCUGGAUUGCAAACUUAGAACUGGAGAUCGUGUGAUUCUUCGCACAGAAGUCAGCCACCUGACAGUUGCAAAUGGGAUUAUAUCAGAUAUUAGUCGCAAUCAUGUAUCAGUUUCUUUAUCCAAGCGAUUACGUCUUCCAUGGAGCGAACCUUCUUCUGAGGCAUCUAAUCUCUCUCAUGAGUUAUGGAGAAUUUGCAAGGAUGAAUUCAUGACAUCUUUUUUGGUUAUGAGGUUCAAUCUCAUGCAGCUUUUCAUACAAAAUGGACAUAGCAUCAGGAAUAUGAUUGUGGAUCUUGAGCCUCCUAGAUUUGACAAUGGAUCUAUACUGAGCCAGGAUCCUGCAAUCUCAUAUGUAUGGUCAGAAAAAAGUUUAAAUAAUGAUCAGCGCCAAGCCAUACUUAAGAUACUCACUGCAAAGGACUAUGCGUUGAUAUUGGGAAUGCCUGGAACUGGAAAAACCUCCACAAUGGUCCAUGCUGUGAAAGCUUUGUUGAUCAGAGGUUCAUCUAUUCUGCUUGCAUCUUACACCAACUCUGCUGUUGAUAAUCUACUUAUCAAAUUAAAAGCGCAGGGAAUUGAAUUUCUACGUAUUGGUAGAGAUGAGGCUGUACAUGAAGAAGUAAGAGAGAGUUGCUUUUCAGCUAUGGAUAUGUGCAGUGUCGAGGACAUCAAGAAAAAGUUGGACCAGGUCAAAGUUGUGGCCUCUACUUGUUUGGGAAUCAAUAGUCCCUUGCUUGUGAAUAGGCGGUUUGACGUAUGCAUAAUUGAUGAAGCUGGCCAGAUUGCACUCCCUGUUUCGAUAGGACCCUUGCUGUUCGCUUCUACGUUUGUACUUGUUGGUGACCACUACCAACUACCGCCACUAGUGCAGAGUACCGAGGCUAGAGAGAAUGGGAUGGGAAUAAGCUUGUUUCGCAGGUUAUCAGAAGCUCAUCCUCAGGCAAUUUCAGUGUUACAAAACCAGUACCGAAUGUGUCAAGGUAUUAUGGAACUAUCAAAUGCUCUGAUAUAUGGAGACAGGUUAUGCUGUGGUUCUACUGAAGUAGCUAAUGCCACACUUGUGCUUCCUACUUGUAAUUUGACUUCAUCAUGGCUUAAAAAGGUUCUGGAGCCAACCAGAACAGUUGUAUUUGUUAAUACAGAUAUGCUGCGUGCUUUUGAAGCUAGGGAUCAGAAUGCGAUCAACAAUCCAGUUGAAGCUUCCAUAAUAGCUGAGAUUGUAGAGGAGCUAGUUAACAAUGGAGUAAAUGGUAAAGAUAUUGGAAUCAUUACUCCUUAUAACUCACAAGUGAGCCUCAUUCAACACGCCAUUCCGACGACUUCUGUGGAGAUACAUACUAUAGACAAGUAUCAGGGAAGAGAUAAGGACUGCAUAUUGGUAUCUUUUGUGAGAUCACGGGAGAAACCAAGGAGCUCUGCAUCCUCACUGCUCGGAGAUUGGCAUAGGAUCAAUGUUGCUUUGACACGUGCAAAGAAAAAGUUGAUAAUGGUGGGAUCACAAAGAACACUUUCAAAAGUUCCGCUUUUGAUGCUUCUGUUGAACAAGGUUAAGGAGCAGUCAGGUAUCUUGACUCUUUUGCCGGGGGAUCUAAAGCCAUAACAACUCAUCAAGAAACGUUCAAAUAUCACAGUAUAAUUUGUAUCACAGUAUAAUUUGUAUCUCUCUUUUUGUCCAAAAGGAAUGAUAAAUGUGUUUAAUCGAUCUACUUUCUGAGUCUGAUUUUGUUAAAAGAAAGUUUCAAUUGAAGGUUA